CCCAUAGCAACCGGCUCACAUCAUCAUCAUCCUCCUCCUCUUCCCCCUCCUCCUCCACCUCCUCCUCUUCUUCCUCCUCCUCCUCCCUGUUUUUCUCCCAGCAGCUGCUUACGACCGUUUAAUCCCUGCACAUUUUAGAGAUCUUCCCGAGCUGGAUCCUGUCUUCCUUUCAGCAUUGCGCUGUUUGGUUUUAUUCCCAGCGCCAUGAACAUUUCCGUCAGAUCCGCAAAAGCCACACCCCAUUUUCACAGCCCUGAGUCUAGCUGAAGGAAAGGCCACGCCCCCCACCUGGACUCACCUGACCGAUCAGGGAACUGGCAGCUCCGCCCACCCUGCCCUCUCGAUGAGGGACAAAGCCACCCAGACCCCCAGGGCCUGGGUAGAUGAGCGCAGGAGGGGCUCCCACAAGCGCUCGGCCUCCUGCGGCAGCACCGAUCAGCUAAAGGAGAUCGCAAAACUGAGGCAGCAGCUGCAGCGCAGCAAACGUAGCAGUCGUCAUCGACGUGAUAAGGAGCGCAAAUCGCCCUUCAAUGGCAACCAUGCUAUUAUCCAAUCACAGUCCCAGAUGCCUAAAACCAUCUUGAUCCCCAUCCCCAUCUCCAAGUCCACGCCUCCUCGCUUCCGCAACAGCAUCGAGGGCCUCAACCAGGAGAUCGAGCGCAUCAUCAUACGGGACACACCUGAGCGUGAUGAGGUCAUCAUUCCACAGGACGUUCCUGACGGACACCGCGCACCCCCACCCCUUCCCCAGCGCAGCAGCAGCACACGCAGCAUCGAUACACAGACACCCUCAGGAAGAAGCCUGGGUGGUAACCGUAGCAACAGCAGCAGCCGGGCGGAUUCGGUGUCCCCGUCUUACCUCAGCAUCCUGAACGAUGCAAUGGGAAACAGUCCCUUAACCAACGAUGACACACUCAACGAGAGCAAGGAAAGAGAUCUGGGGCCGUACUCACCGCUGCCAAAGUACGCAUCCUCCCCCAAACCCAACAACAGCUAUAUGUUCAAGCGGGAGCCUCCAGAAGGCUGUGAAAGAGUCAAGGUCUUCGAGGAGAACCAGCCCAGGCCUCUGCAGGAGAUCCCUCCGUACCUGUGUCCGGACCGGAACAAGGUGAACUUCAUUCCCAAAAGCGGCUCUGCGUUUUGUCUCGUCAGCAUCCUGAAGCCGCUGCUUCCCACCCAGGAGCUGAGCUUCCGCGGCGGCGUGACGUACUGCAGCCUGUCUCCUUCCCUCGUCCCUCUCAGCGGGGUCGGAGUGCGCAGCCUGUCCCCUUCUCUCGGCCCCGUCCUGACACGAGGACGCCAGUCCCCCUGCCUCCCACGCCACCUGGAGGAGCCCGAGGGUUAGAUUCCCAUUCGAAUCUCCAGCAGUCAAGGAAUUUCAUCACCUGCAUUAUUACUAAACAGACUCAUUUCCUCAUGUGAUUCCAAAUCUCAAAGCUGUGACUGCAUCAGGGCUCGAUUUAUUCAACUGUUCCAAAUCGCUAACUGAAACUUGAAUGUGAGAUGGUUAACGUGACGCUAAUGUGUCUUACCUUUCCUGUCAGUCAGGGAUGAGGACGAGGCUGUGACGUCUUGACGUGUGUAAAGUAGAGUGUUCUUUUUUUUUUCUUUUUUUUUUACGUUCGGUGUUUUCUCGCAGUCGACCAUCAAAGCCUUUCAAGAGCCAAUUUCCCUUGUACAUAUCCCUCCUUUAACUUUUUUUUUUGGACUCUUAGAAGAACAAGGGACUCCAGUGUGCUGUGUAUGUACACUAUGUGUGUGUUAUGAGUAGUUAACAUGCAAAGAGAAAAAAAAUGUAGCUAAUAACAGGGACGGACAAACAAAAAAGAUCCUGAUCCCGUGCCUGAAACUCACCGCCUGUAGCAGCAUUAAUCCUAAACCCAGCUCUGACGUUACCUCUCCAGGGGUCUCAUUUAUUACGUUUAUUAAUCAACUUUAAUCUGUACAAACUACAAAACUAGUAUUUUAUUAUAUCGCAUACGGAUAUCCACAAUGAAUGAGAAAAUUACUGACCAUACAUCAGAGGUGGGAUUUAGUCACACAUGUGCAAGUCACAAGUACGUCUCAAGUCAUGAACGUCAAGUCAAAGUCAAGUCGUCUUUUUUUAAUAUUUGUCAAGCAAGCCUCAAGUCUCAAAUAUGCGACUCAAGCCUGACU